AUGUCGCAGUACGGAUACGGCGGACAACAGAACCCCUUUGACCAGCGGGACCCUCCGUCCUAUGGCGGAGGAGGAGGCGGCCGGGCGCCGCCCCAGGCUGCCUUUGGUCAGGGUCCUCGCCCCGGCGGCGGUGCACCCAGAUACAACCAGGGACCGGCUAUGGGCCGCGACGAGUAUGGAUCCGGCAACGUCGAGAUGGCCUCGCUGGCCCAGAACGCCGGCGCCUUCGCCAACAACGGCGACCCCAACGCCAUCCUGAACGAGUGCCGCAGCAUCGACCAGGGCAUCGACAAGGUCGAGCAGAACCUCAACCAGCUGCGCAUGCUGCAGGACCGCUCCCUCGGCGAGGCCGACUCGUCGGGCUCCGCCACGAGCCGCCAGCUCGACGCCCUGUCCUCCGAGACCAUGGCCCUCUACCGUGAGCUGACGGAGCGCGUGCGCCAGGUCAAGUCGCAGGCCGACGCGCGGCAGCCCAAGAACGCGCCCCAGGUCGGCCGCGUCGACCGCCGCCUCAAGAACGCCAUCCAGUCCUACCAGCAGCUCGAGUCGGCCUUCCGCAAGAAGACGCAGGACCAGAUGGCGCGCCAGUACCGCAUCGUGAAGCCCGAGGCCUCGGAGCAGGAAGUCCGCGCCGUCGUCGAGGACAACGGCGCCGGCGGCGGCCAGGUCUUCCAGCAGGCCAUGAUGCAGAGCAACCGGCAGGGCCAGGCCCGCGCCGUGCUCAACGCCGUCCAGGACCGCCACGCCGCGCUGCAGCGCAUCGAGCAGCAGAUGAUCGAGCUCGCGCAGCUGUUCCAGGACAUGGACACCCUCGUCAUGCAGCAGGACGUGGCCAUUGUGCAGAUCGAGCAGAAGGGCGAGGAGGUCGUCGAGAACCUCGACAAGGGCAACGAGGAGAUCGCCGUCGCCGUCGAGACGGCCAAGAAGACGCGCAGGAAGAAGUGGUGGUGCCUGGGUAUCUGCGUGGCCAUUAUUGUCGUCAUUGCCGUCAUUAUCACCGUCUACAUGCUCAUCAAGAACCCUCCCGGCGGCAACAAGGACAACAAGAAGCGCUCCGCGGUGGCACUCGACGGCGAUCUCGUUCCCCUGCUCAGCGUCGCCCAGAACAACGUCGUCAUCCCCGGCGCUGGCGCCCUCAACGACGAGAUCAACGCCGCCACCGCCGACGCCGACCUCGCUACCAAGUUUGGCAUGCUCGCCGGCGGCCCCGCCCGCGUCCGCAUCGGCAAGCGCUUCGUCCGCGUCGGCGUGCCGUACACGCCCGAGGAGCCGCAGCAGGCAGCGGCCAAGUCGGAGAGCAGCGCCGAGAAGCGGUACGUGCUGCCGGGCGUCGUCUUCCACGAGCCUCAGCCCGAGCCGCCGAUUGAGUCGACGGGCGAGGAGAAGCGGUACGUCGUGCCAGGCCAGGACUGGGACGGAAGCAACUAG